AUGGCGAACCACAUCAACAUUCAUGGGAAUACAGCCGAGGCUGGGGCUACGCAGGUCAAUAAUAUGAGCAUGAAUACAACCUACACUAUCCAUGAAAUUGAUCGACUAUGUCUUCGCGCCCUGCAAUGCCCCCCCGACUCGCUGAUUGUUAAGAAUCGACUGAAGGAAACUAAGGACAAGUUGCACCUGGAAUCAAUCAAAUGGGUUUUUCAAUCGCAAGAUUUCCGCAGAUGGCGAGACAAAGAUGAUAGUGGGCUUCUAUGGAUCAAAGGCGGCCCUGGAAAGGGUAAAACAAUGAUGUCGAUCGGGAUCAUUGAGCGUCUCUUAGAUCAAAGAGAGAAUCCUCCUUUGGUCACCUAUUUUUUCUGCCAAAAUGGCGACAAUGAACUCAAUACCCUUGGCUCUAUAUUGAAGGCUCUUAUCCUCCGAUUGUUCAAUCAAAAUAAGGGACUGAAAGAAUGUCUCCGACGCCACUGGGAUACACAAAAUAGCCGAUUCGAAAAAGAUUUGACCUCAUGGAGAAAUCUCUGGGAUAUCUUGCAGGAGAUAUUAGACAAAUGCGGAAAUCAAAAGGUGUAUAUCAUCAUUGAUGCUCUAGACGAGUGCCAGGAAGAUGGUAUUUCCAAAUUCCUGACCACUCUCGUUCGAACAGGCCUCCAUCACCCUUCUCGCAUCAAGUGGCUACUGACCAGCCGGCCAUUCAACGAUGAAAGGAUACUACUGACAGCGGAUGAUCAAAGGCAACUUAACCUCGAGGUCAAUUUGGACCACGUCAAAGGAGCUAUUAAAAGCUACAUUUCUUUCAAGAUGAGAGAACUCGAUCGUCUUUGGGAAUUGGAACCAGAGGUUCGAGACAACAUCGAGGCACAGCUGAAUCAAAAAGCAGAUGGCACCUAUCUCUGGGUCAGUCUGGCUUGUAAGAAACUUGAAGAUGUACGCCCGAAAGCAGUGUUGGAGGAGGUUCAAACACUUCUCCCGGGCCUGCAGUCUUUCUAUCAUGAAGCCCUCAUCCAAAUCAGUCGGCGAGGCUCCAAGUCCCUACGAAUACUUAAAGUGCUGUCGCUGGCCUAUCGACCUCUCCACAUCCAAGAGUUAGAAAGCGUCACCGGUUUGGCCCAGCAAGAUAUAGACAUCGAGAGACUGUUGUCUGAAUGCGAAUCCUUUAUCAAUCUCCGAAAUGAUUAUCUGGAAUUUUCACACCAAUCUGCGCGCGAUUAUCUCGGUGGAGGGAAGGCAUCAGCCAUCCUCAAGCCUUAUAAAAGCUAUGGACAUGAAAAAAUUGCUCUCAAUUGCGUUUCCUAUCUAUCGAGAGAACUAAAGGUUAACCUUCUGGACAUAAAACUACCUGCCUCAACCUUGGAUGACCUUGAUGAAAGCCUCCGCCACCUACAGUUAGCUAAGGUGAACUAUGCAGCCCAUUUUUGGGCACAGCAUGUCGAAAAAGCACGAAAUACCAUUGACAUUCAAAGAUCUCUUGGAGAAAAUGGGGCCGUCAGCAAAUUUGUCCAGUCCAGGAUUUUGGAAUGGCUGGAGUGUUUGAGUUGGUUAGACAGUACAUCACUUGCUCUAGAUGAGAUGCACAGAGUCAUGACUAUUGCAAAGGCCAAGUCUCCGUUACUUGCCUUCCUUCAAGAUGCAACUCGUUUCUUGCAGCGUCAUUCCCAUAUAAUAUCACACUGGCCAUUGCAAACUUACAGCUCCGCACUCAUCUUCAGUCCUAAAGAAAGCCUUGUUCGACAGAUGAAUAUAUCCAAGGUUCCCAAGUGGCUCAAGGAUCCGCCCUUUCUUGGUGAAUCCUGGUCAUCCUUGAUUCGAACACUCGAAGGUCACGCAGAUUUUGUAACAGCAGUGGCAUUCUCACAUGAUGGUCAAUCCAUUGCGUCGUUAUCUGGUGAUCGAACCAUCAAAUUAUGGGAUGUGAGGACGGGUGGCCUCCAGAGAACCAUUCAAAAGGACCCAUCAAGUUGGAAUGACGGAGUGUUAUUUUCGCCAGAUGAUAAACUUAUUUCCUCAUACUCCCCUCUCAGCCUUGCCCAUAUAUGGAGUAUCGCUUCAGGCAAGCUGCAAAUGAAAUUUGAAACUCAGGCAGAUGACGCGGCGUUCUCAUCAGAUGGCAAGCAUCUCCUCACUAUCAAAAACAGUGGGGAGAUCUCCGUCCUGGAAGUUUCUACAGGGAAAAUUGUACAUCGGGUUGCCUCCAGAUAUGAUACUUCUAAAGCGGCCCUUUCACCAAAUGGAAAGUACAUGGCACUUGGCUUUUCUUCUGGAGAUAUAAGAAUAUGCACCAUGGAUGGGGAUGUUCUGAGCAUACUUGCAGGACUCGACCAACUAUCUCAUUUAAUCUUCUCACCAGACAGCAAAUACAUAGGAUCUUGGGAUAUUAAUGGUGCCAUCAAAGUAUGGAACAUCGAAACAGGGGAUCUUCAUCACUCUGUGAGAGGAUACCUAUUAUCUGGUUACUUGUCACUGGCUACGAGCUUUGCGCUUUCUCCAUCUGGAAGGCAUGCGGUUCUUGGAUGUGAUAAUGGAGACUUGCAUUUAUGGGAUUUAAUCUCAGGCACCCUUCAGAAGAUCUUACAUGGUCACACGAACCGGACUGCGGUACUUUCGUUUUCUCCGGACGGAGAAUAUGUCGCAUCUGGCUCAUACGACAAAACGAUCAAGUUAUGGGCCGUCGCCGGCGACGUUGAACAGACUCGCAAUGCCCCCCAAGUCCUCUUCGUUUCCACCAACGGCAACUCGGCUGUGGCCCUGUGCCAAGAAAACAACAGUCUCGUCCUGAGAGACUCUGCAAAGGUCUUGUCCAGCUGGGGGGACCUUCAAGACUUCAUGAUAACGACAGUGUCAUUGGACAGAAGGUUUGUUGCAUGGUCGGAAAGGGGAAAAGUCUACCUAUACAAUACGACUGAAGAUUCCUCUAUAACUCUUGAAGGGCAUGAGUGGAGUUUUGUUAGUUCACUGUCUUUCUCUCCUAAUGGAUAUUAUUUCGCAUCGAGCUCAGGUAAGGAGGGUCUCAAAUUAUGGACCACCGAGGGCAAUCUUAUAAGAAAGCUGGAAUCGCCGGAUUUCAAUGGUGAAUGGGCAGAGGCAAUUUCCUUUUCGGCAGAUGGCAAGUAUCUUGCAGCAAGUUUUGAGAAGAAAAUUAUACUCUGGGAUGUUCCAGAACUGCUUGGAGCUCCAAGACUGUUUAGUUUUGGGGGUCCCAGAUCCGAUUUUCCGCAAACAAUCACUCUGCAGCAUUACGUGAAAGUGUUAAAAUUCUCUUCUGAUGGGAGAUCUCUCUUGACAGAUCAGGGCCUCAUCAGCCUUGAUGACAUUCUGCCUGCCAACCAAAAGACAACUUCAACAUCAUCAUUGGGCGAUUUGUGGGUUGGAGAUCGGUGGAUCUAUUUUGGAGAGUCUCCGGUGUUACGACUGCCAUCAGACCUAUAUCGGACACCUUACGAUGCACGAGAUGGCCAUAUCGUGAUCUCCUCUCGCGAUAACCAGGUGUUGGAAUUUCAUAUUGAUCGUGUGUCUUUAAAACAGGCCCUCAAGAAGUGA